GUGGGUAUACUCAUUGUGACAUUCGAGUACGACAGGACGAGAAGAAAAGAAAUCGAGAAGAAGAAAAAGGAGGAACAGGAGCGCCAGGCAAUACUUGACCAAGCCAAACGCGAACGGGAGCGGCUCCUACUGGAGAACCAGGAGCAGCAGGAUCUCAUCGGGCAGCUGCUACACCGGGUAGAGCGAUUAGAAACGGCCAUGCAGGAGCAGCAGCAGCGAAGAGCCAGACAGGGCAUCUUGCACGCCUUCUCCGCAGCGAAAUACUGCAAGAAGGACCACAUCGCCCAGCACGACGACCGAGCUUACACACCGGUGAAGCUUGACAAUGGCCGCAUCAUCACCACCUCCCGCACGCUGGCAGUCAUCUACUACCUUACUCGCGACUGGCGUGAGGAGUACGGCGGUGUGCUGGUGGACUUGGAAGACCCCACCGCCCCCCCGGGUGAGGGCCGCAAGGUCCCGCGCUACCAUGCCGUCACGGCCAUGACCACCGAUCGGCCUCGCUACUCGAUUUUUGGCUGGUUUUUGGAACCCGGCAAGCUGUACGAGCUGUACACGGGGAAGGAGGAAGACGAUAAGAGAGGGGGAGCAGGUGACCGCCAAGCGGCUGCGGUAGCGCAACCCGCAAAUCAGACAGGAGCUCAGCGCAAGGGACCUGCUCUUAGCAAAAAUACAACCACAAUCAUCACCACCGACGAUGACGACGACGACGGUAACGCAACAGCAACAGCAGCAACAAUAGCAGCUGCGCACGCGCAUGGGCAAGCCGGGGGUCGUGCAUCUGGACGCGGUAGAGGCAAGGCGGCUGGUCCUGCCAGCACGACGUCUCCGGACCAUGUCACCACACGGACAACUGCAGCGCCGCGACAUGGUGUACCGCAGAAGAAAGAGCAGGAGGCGCCCAAGGUGAAAGCGGAGCGGCGACAGCGCACCGGGGCUAAGCGGCAGCGGGAGGCCGCCGAGGCGGAGGGGGAUGUGGCUGCGCAGCACCAGCCUGGUCCACAGGCUGCUGCAGGGGCCCCAGCAGGGACCGUCACGCGAGGGAAACUGCGACUCCCUGGGCGCUGGCAGGGCCGGCGGAAACACGCCUGCGUCGGCUGA